ACACGUGGUGGCCCUAGUUUCAACUGUUUACAUACACUGAAUACAAGACAGGUUUCAUUAUAAGCCUGAACGCCAUUAUACACCAUUGUUCACCCGGCAGACAUUUAUUUUACACUUAACCGGAAGUAAACAUCCAUGUAUGAAGGGUUUCAAAAAUAGGAGAAUGAUGAGGAACAUAUCAGUUUGCAGUGUUUCCGCGGUAACCAGUUACACAAGUUUAUGUAAUGAGCCUGAAAACGUGUGAAUGACAAGCGUGCUGUCCUUGCUGUGGCGAUUUUUUCGUGGUAUUUUGAGGCACGAAAAUGAGUUUCACGAGAAUUUACAAGAGAUGGGAAGAUAAGCUAGCAACUCCCUUCGAGAAAUAUGGAGUCAUUGUAUCGAGAUAUCCAUGGCAUGUAUUGAUGGCAUGUGUGGUCAUCAACUGUCUCCUGGGAAUAGGACUGAUCAGGAUAGAAGCAGAAACGGACACAGAGACUUUGUAUACUCCUCAAAACAGUCAGUCCAAGGUAGACCGAGCAGCCGUUCAGGCUGUUUUUGUGGAAGACAUGUCUGGCACAAACUUCCACAGUAAAAGUAUUACUGAGGAAAACAAGUAUGCUGACUUCAUUGUAAAAACUAAAAAUGGAUCAAGUAUAUUAUCUACAGCGUAUGUGGAUGAAAUUGAAAAUAUAUAUAACCGCAUCAAAGAAAAUGUUAACGUGACUAGUGGUGAUACAACUGCAGAUCUGACAAAUGUUUGUGCCUUACGAAAUGGAAAGUGUGUUGUUGAAGGAGAUGUUGUUUUCAGCACAGUCUUCCGCAAUGCUAUGACAGCCAACGCCAUUAGCUAUCCUCUGUUUAAUUUUGAAUAUCUUAGCGGUACGUUUGGGGAUGCGCAGUCAACAGGGAGUUACCUCACUUCCGCAAAGAUGGUUAGAUUGACUUUCUUUCUACGUCAGGACACAACAACUGCAAUGACACUGUCCGAAGCCUGGGAAGACAAGUAUAUAGAAGUACUAGGUGCCAUGUCCUCGUCAUUACUGGACAUAACUUAUUCAACGUCAUCAUCUCUAGACGACGAAUUGGAUAAAAACGUGAACGGGGAUAUCUUUUACUUUGCUCUUACCUUCACAAUGAUGCUUACUUACGCUGGAUUUGCCACUUCUGGAGGAGACUGUGUGUCAGACAGACAGAAUUUGGGGCGUGCUGGUGUUUUCGCAACAUGCUUCUCUAUCUUAGGUUCCUUCGGCCUUGUCAGUAUGGUUGGUGUCAAGUUUGUCAGCAUCGUUGGAACGCUUCCUUUUCUGAUCAUCGGUAUUGGUCUGGAUGACAUGUUCAUUCUGAUGUCCUGUCUGGCGGACAGCUCAUUCAAAGGAACGAUUGAGGAUCGGAUCAAGGAGACGAUGAGGACAGGGGGCGUGGCCAUUACCAUAACGUCCAUCACUGACUUUCUGGCGUUCGCCAUUGGUGCAUCAGCUUCCUUUAUCAGCGUCAGGAACUUCUGUGUGUACGCAGGUGCUGCUGUUAUCUUCUGUUACUUGAACCAGUUGACAUUCUUCAUCCCAUGUAUGGUAAUCAAUGAGCGUCGGAUCGCCGAAAACAACCACUGUGGGACAUGUCAACCUAUAAAAACUCGCGAAGAGUUACGAACGGAGGGCAAAUCCAAAUGCCAAGUUUUCUGUUGUGGCGGGAAAGCUCCGAAGAAUAGAGGUGACAACGAAAGCUAUUUAGAAAAAUUUCCGAAACUACUUUUCCAGUAUAUCGUUGAAAAUCCCAUUGGAAAAAUAGCGAUAGUAGUGCUGUUCGUUGCUUAUGUUACAUCAACUGUUUACGGAAUAAUGAAUUUUAAACGAGGCUUACUCCUCAGUAAUUUAGUGACCGAAGAUUCGUACUAUCAUACCUACAGUAAGCUCCUGGAGAAUCAUUUCUCGUCAGAAAUUACCAUAGGGUUUACGGUUACAUCAGCGCAGAACUACUCCCACGCCACUAUCCAAAGUCGUGUUUCCGAUUUGUUAUCUAAUGCCAGCGCUGAUGUUGACAUCAAUCCGAGAUUCAGAUCCGACUGGCUAACAGAUUACAAGAGAUCCAUGUUUUAUAGCUCUGCUAGUGAGGCAAGCUUCAUAGCCGGACUGAAAAUUUUUCUCACAAUCCGAACUGACCACGCUAAUGACGUAGUCCUCAACAAAGCUGAAACACAAAUAGUUGGUGCUAGGUUUUUUGUCUUAUCUAAAGAUAUACCCGAAUCCGAACAAAAAGGAAACAUAAUGCUGCGAAUGCGCGAAGUAGCAGACAAUUCUCCACUUCCGGUAGUUUGUUUUUCUUGGCCUUUUGUAUUUUUUGAUGAAUACGCUUCUGUUUUUUCUAUAACAUUUACAACUGUAGGUAUUGCCAUAGCCGCCAUGUUUGUGGUUACCGUGCUGUUUAUGCCACAUCCGUUACUUGUCGUGUGCGUCACUGGCACCAUGGUGAUGAUAUGCGCGGGAAUGUUCGGGUUUAUGUAUUACUGGGACCUCACUCUAAGUGGAAUAACUAUGAUAGACAUUGUCAUGAGUAUAGGAUUUUCCGUCGAUUUUAGUGCACAUAUUUGCCAUGCGUACAUAACUGUAGAUGGCGCCACACGAAAAGAACGUGUACACAAAGCUUUAGAUCGUUCUGGUGGACCUAUCAUCAACGCCGCCCUGUCCUCGAUAAUGGGGAUCCUUAUCCUGGCAUUUUCGUCCUCAUACAUCUUCAGGAGUUUUUUCAAGUUGAUGUUUCUAGUAAUGGUAUUUGGACUUGCGCAUGCGUUGUUGCUGCUUCCGCUGAUUUUCUCCUUGGUAGGACCUGUGACGGAAUUAACGCCUUCUAACACGUCAUCCGACAAACAGGUGAACGUCGAAACACCGAAAGACCAUCAAGCUAAUACUAGUAGUGACAAACACGAAUCAGCGGAUCUGAGUAAUGUAGCUAUCUCGGUACCACUUGAUGUGACUACUAGCGACAAUACGACGAUUUCGCACCUCUAAUACAACUAGAGUAUAAUCUUUAGCAUAUCCAGUGAUUGCACUACAACUACUUUUCUUCUAUCUGUUUCUUUUCUGUUGUUUGGAUAACCGGUGUAAUAGUACUGCAGUAUUAAAUGGAAUAAUUUGUGGAACUGUGUUGACAAUCUUUAAUGGAAUAUGAAGAAACGUUUUAUUUAUUUGUUAUGUUGUAGAAAUUGUUGUUGUGAAAUGCAUAUAUGCUUCGAUUUUUUUUACUCGAAUGUGAUUUUGGGUUUAUUUAUUUAUUUAUUUAUUUAUUUGUUAUGGAGCAGCAGAUU